AUGGGAUAGGAAAAACCACUAAGCACAUUCAUCUAAUUGCCACUCAUCAAUUAACAAGAAAAUAUCAACAUCAAUCUGCAAGAAAACAAUACUCCUACAUAACUAUAGUAUAAUUUGCCAGAGAAGAAAAACAAAGACUCUUGUGUUUGCAAGUGUAAUUGUGGAGCCUUCGGAGAGGAUUUCAUGCUCAAACAUAGAGAUGGUUAGUAAAUUCACUAAUAAUUAGCAUUCAUAGAAUCCUCUAAUUAAAUGUACGGAAUGGAAGAAAAUACGAGAUAAAAGACUAUCGAACCGAGUUCUAACGAUGAUUCAUUUGAAACUAAGACUGUCAAGUAGACUCUUAAGCUUCCUGAGAGAUCGAAGAUAUAAAUUAUAUUAGGAGAGAAUCUUCAUGAAGAUCAAAUACCUUAAGUAGCGAAUAUUCCAAGCCUAAAAACAUUUAAGCAAGUAAAAGUCUUCAAAUAGGAGUCUAAAAGGUGGAAAUCACAGUUUAUUUGUACCUUUGAUAACUGCAAUAUCGUUUGUCAGAAAUGGGGAAAUCUAUUCGACCAUUUAAGGACUCACAGCAACGAAAGACCUUUCAAAUGCCCGGUAGAAUUCUGCCGCAAAGCAUUUACAUAGAAAAGUAACCUUGAAAAACACAUUAAGACCCAUAAACGGCUAUAUCUAAAAUGCUAAGAAUGCAAAUCUAUAUUUCAUAAGGAUAGACUUCUCAGACAUUUUAAUAAGUAUCAUUCUAAAAGUAUACAUAACUAAGAAAUUACUUGCGGUGUCAAAGGUAUAGAUGAAUCAUUUACUUCUCAGGAUGAGUCUGAGGAAUGA